AAAGCAUUGUCGUGAACCGUCUAUGGAGUAGAUGGUCUUUGAUUUCGACAUCAACAACUUUCAGGUCAACUGUUUAGUUCAAGAAAGAAAUUGAUUGAAAUAAUUACUAUCAUUGUGCAACAAUGGGAAAGAAAAAAGGAAAGGGGAAGAAGCAAGAGGAUGGAGGGUCACAGUCUUCCAGUUCACAAUUAGAAUUACAAGCUGGGUCAAGUCAGCAGCCCAAACCAUCUGAAGUUCAGCCUCAACCCACAAAACCAGAACCUCAAUCCCAACAAGGAGGUAAAAAGAAGCAGCCAAAGCAACCUCAACAACAGCAAGCUACACAGCAGCAAGGAGACCCUUCAACACAAACUGCUCAACAACCUGCGUGGGGCAGACAACAAAGUACACCACAGCAAGCUCAAGGUCGGGGUCAACCACAGGUGCCACAGCAACAACCUGGAGCGAGACAACAGCAGCCUUCUCCUCCACAACAACAACAACCUCAAGGUCGGGGUCAACCACAGGUGCCACAGCAACAGCCUGCAACUAGGCCACAGCAACAACCUGGAGCGAGACAACAGCAGCCUUCUCCUCCACAACAACAACAACCUCAAGGUCGGGGUCAACCACAGGUGCCACAGCAACAGCCUGCAACUAGGCCACAGCAACAACCUGGAGCGAGACAACAGCAGCCUUCUCCUCCACAACAACAACAACCUCAAGGUUGGGGGCAACCACAGGUGCCACAGCAACAACCUGCAACUAGGCCACAACAGUCCAUUCCUCCACAGCAACAAUCUGGAGCGAGACAACAACAGCCUUCUACACAACAACAACCAGCUUGGGGUAGACAAACAGGUCCACAACAAACUGGUCCUCCACAACAAACCGCUCCCCCACAGCAAACUGCUCCCCCACAGCAAACUGCUCCCCCACAGCAAACUGGUUCCGCACAACAAAUGCCUCAGCAAGGGCAACAAAAAGGUGCUCAACAACAGCAAAUGGGUCGAAAGGGACGUCAGCAGCAGGGUUCCCAACCCCAACAAAUGGGUCAACAGGGACAACAACCAAGUUUCGCGCCACAACAAAUGGGUGACCAGGGACAACAACCCAGUUCCGCUCCCCAACAAAUGGGUCGUCAAGGACAUCAGCAACAAAGUUCUCCUCCAAAGCAAAUGGGUCCACAGGGAGAUCAGCAGCCUAAAUCAGGAAGCGGACAACAAAGAGGUGGACCACAACAGCGUAAGCCUCAGGAUAAGCAGCCGACAACUUCUGUUAAAGAUGUAACAUCUCGUAUGAGUGAAUUGCAGGCUGGUCCACUCGUACCAAUGAGGUUUAGAAACCCUGAACCUGGAAAAGCUGGUCGCAAAAUACCAAUUGAAACUAAUCAUCUCAGCCUCGCGUUAGGUAAUUUAAACACGGCUUAUCACUACGAUGUUGAUUUGGUACCAGAUACCCCCAAAAAGUUUUUAAGACACGUUAUGGAACUCUUUAGGCAGCAACAUUACCCAAAAAGAUAUCCAGCUUUUGAUGGAAGAAAAAAUUUAUACAGCCCUAGUCAAUUACCUUUUGGAGAACAAAUAGAAGGCGAGGUUACUAUACACGACGGCCAAAAUCGAGAAAAAAUAUAUAAAGUGAAAGUCAAAUUUGCGAAUACGGUUGAUUUAACUCCUCUGAAAAAUUUUAAUUUAUCUAGAGCAACUCCGACAGAAGCUAUACAAGUGGUCGAUAUUGUUCUACGUUGUGCUCCUUCUCAAAAUCUACUUCAAGUGGGAAGAAGUUUUUUUCAUAAACCAGUAGGAGAGAUUAUCGACUUGGGAGAGGGUAUGGAGAUGUAUCAUGGCUUUUAUCAAUCGGCUAUUAGAGGCUGGAAACCACUUUUAAACGUUGAUGUUGCUCAUAAACCGUUUCCUAAAGCUAUGCCAGUGAUAGAAGCUUUGCUUGAAGUAAUAAACGCAGAAAAAUAUAACCAGAAACUUACAAGAAAUGACCUUGGCAGACCUCUCGAUAGGCGAGAUUUGGAAAUAUUUGGCAAAUUCAUGCGGCAGUUAAGAGUUGUUUAUGAAAUUCCAAAUUUGCCCAGUUCUAGAAGAAGUUAUAAGGUUAACGGUAUAAAUGAUCCACCGGCCAAGAAAACCUUUAAAGAUUCUAAUAAUAGAGAAAUUACCAUCCAAUACUAUUUUGAAACAGAAAAAAGGUGUAGAUUAAGGUAUCCUCAGAUGCCGACACUAUGGGUUGGAUCUUCAGCUAGAACAGAUAACCCGGUACUUGUACCUAUUGAAUUUUGUACGAUAGAAGAUAAUCAGACAAUCAAUAGAAAAAUGACUGAGGGACAAACACGAAAUAUGAUAAGACAUGCUGCAACCUCUACUACAGUACGCAAGAAUAAGAUUAUGGAAGGAAUUACACGAGCGAAUUUUAACAGCCACCCUACGGUUCGAGAAUUCGGUUUCUCAGUUUCUAGCGCAUUUGAAAAAUUAGAGGCUAGAGUCUUGCCCCCUCCCAGAUUAGGCUAUGCCGGAAGAGAAGUGGGUGUAGAUAAAGGCAUAUGGAGGGGUGAUAGAUUCUUCCAAGCGGUCACGAUUAAUAAAUGGACAAUAGUGUGUGCCGAUAGGAGGCCACCAAGACCAGAUGACUUAAGGAACCUAGCUUCAUCACUACUUAGAGAAGCACGGGCAAGUGGUAUGGUGAUUAAUGAAGCAGAACCUCCAUUCCAAACAAUUGGUUCGAUUCCCUUGGACAUCAAGAAAUACUUCACAUCUGUUAAAGGAAAAUACGAUGUAAUAUUUGUAGUCGUACCAAAUAGCGGACCACAAUAUAGUUACGUUAAAACAGCAGCCGAGAUUAAUGUAGGCUGUUUAACACAAUGUGUUAAAUUGAAAACUGUGUUUAAAAUGAAUCCUCAAACAGCGUUAAACCUUUUACUUAAGGUUAAUGCUAAGUUAAAUGGUACUAAUCAUUUUCUAUCUACCCGUCCGCUCAUUUUGAAUAAACCAACUAUGAUCAUGGGAGCUGACGUGACUCAUCCCAGCCCUGAUUCGCAACAUAUACCCAGUGUGGCAGCAGUUACUGCAUCAUAUGAUCCUAAAGCCUUCAAAUACAAUAUAUGCUGGAGAUUGCAACCACCCAGACAGGAGAUCAUCGAAGAUUUGGAAAACAUUGUGGUAGACCAAUUAAAAUUCUUUUAUGAGAAUAAUAGAGGCCAAAAACCCCAACGAAUUAUAUUUUUUAGAGAUGGGGUAUCAGACGGUCAGUUUGAACAAGUUACAAGUGCUGAAGUACGAGCUAUUCGAUCAGCAUGCAAGAGAGUCCAAAGAGAAGACUAUGAACCAGCCAUAACUUUUCUCGUCGUCCAGAAACGUCAUCAUACCAGGCUUUUCCCAUUGAAUUCAAAAGAUUCUCAUGACAGAAACUUAAACGUUCCAGCAGGUACUUGCGUAGACACGCAUAUUACACAUCCAUUUAUGCAAGAUUUUUACCUUGUAUCCCACGCUAGCAUACAGGGAGUAGCCAAACCAACAAAGUAUUGUACCUUGUGGGAUGACAACGAUAUGUCAAACGACGACAUUGAACAACUUACGUAUUUUCUAUGUCACAUGUUCACCCGGUGCAACAGAUCUGUAAGCUAUCCAGCUCCAACGUAUUAUGCCCAUUUAGCUGCGGCCAGAGGCAAAGUCUACAUAGAGCCCGAAAAUGUGGAUUUAAGAAAUUUAAAUAGGGAAUAUGAAAGAUUUAAAAUCCAGGAGAGUAUCCAAAAAGGACUACCAAUGUUCUUUGUCUAAUUUUUUUUUACAAACGUUUAUAUACAACGGAAUAACGGGCUUGAUUUAAUGGUUUGAAUUUGUAAUCGAGAAAAAUUGUAAUUCACGUUAGUUGUAGAUUUUAGAAUAUAUCGAGAAAAAUUGUAAUAUUAACUUCAGUUGCAGAUAACGGUAGUUGGCAAAAAAAUGUUAACAAAACCUUGUUUUUGAUUGUAUGUAUUUGAAAAAUGUUCUAGCUAAAUAUAUAUACAUACAUAUAUAAUAUCUAAAUUAAAAGACUUGCAAGUAUUGUUCUUGGCAAAAUCUGUAUUGGUAAUGUUUCGCAGUAUUAAUCCUUUAUUUUAAAAGAAGAAGCUAGACAAAACUCUAGAACGCACUUCUUGUUUUCGGAUUUCUUUAAGAGAACUAUAUAUAAUAGAUGGUUUGCCAAAAUUAGAAGAUGGAAUACUCCGCAUUAUACCAUUUGCGAUCGAAUGUUCCAACGGUUAUGCCAACGCUGUUGUUGUGAUGCAGAAGAAAUCCGAAAUUUGGCAGCAGAUAUUUUAGGAAAAUUAAUCUUAUUGAAUAGUAGAACUAUAUUGCCAUUAUAGCAAUAUUUACUAAGAUUGAUUCUUUAAAUAGAGCUACAGUCAUGACAGCUUUUUUGUUGAGGAUGUUUUUAUAUGACUCGGUUUACAAAAUCGUAGAGAUAACCAAUUCUCGUUGCAUGUGGUAAGCCGAUAAAAGAUACUAACGCUCGCAUAGCUGAUUUUUUUGCAGCUAUAAGUUUGUUUAACUGUUUAAUUGAAAGGCUAUCUGCUGACAUUUUGAAUGUAUCUGUAAUAGGUCUCAAUCAGUUGGAAUUCUCCAACCUCUCUACAACCUGAUCUGGGCACUUUUCUGCUAAUUUAGUUACUAUACUGUAUAUUAUGAUUUGAAGGUCAUAAUUUUCCAUAUCAUAUUUUAAUGUGGUUUCCACAUGUUAAAUGAAAAUAUUUUGUCAAGUUUCUCAUAAAAAGCAUGUAGAAAAUUAAACGUGAAUUCGUAUGCUUCCUUUCUAAUUUCUAAAUCAUAAUCUACGUCUUCUGUGGGGUAGAAUAUCCCUCUACUUCUGAUAUCACAUUUUGCUUUAUGGCUGCCUAUCGAUAAAUUAUACCUAAAUAAGUAUUAAGCUGAUCUUUAAUGAGUGAUGGUUUAUUUUGGACUACUCUACUUAAUGCUUCUAAUGCAAUUCGUCUUACGUACAAGUUUUGAUCCUGUAAAGUAGGCAGACACUCUCCCAUGUAUUCAGUUAAUGCUUCAAUAAUUGGGUGAGGCUUAUCUGUAAUUAUCAGUUUAAAAGCUGUCAUGAAUGUAGCUCUAUUUAAAGAAGAAUCAGAUCUUAGUAAAUAUUGCCAUAAUGGCAAUAUAGUUCUACUAUUCAAUAAGAUUAAUUUUCCUAGAAAAUCUGCUGCCAAGUUUCGGAUUUCUUCUGCGUCACAACAACAGCGUUGGCAUAACUGUUGAAAAAUUUGAGUCGCAAAUGGUAUAAUGCGGGGUAUUCCAUCUUCUAAUUUUGGCAAACCAUCUAUUAACUCUCUUAACGAACCCAAAAACAAGAAAGGAUUAAUACUGUGAAACAUUACCAAUACCGAUUUUGCCAAGAACAAUAUUUGCCCGUCUUUUAAUUUAUUAUAUAUAUAUAUAUAUAUAUAUAUAUAUAUAUAUAUAUAUAUAUAUAUAUAUAUAUAUAUAUAUAUAUAUAUAUAUAUAUAUAUAUAUAUAUAUAUAUAUAUAUAUAUGUAAUUAUAUGCAUCAUGAAUUUAUACUGGAACCAGCGUGCUCAAGUCAAGGUCGAGAAGACCAGCUGACCGACCAAGUGAAGAUCAUGCGAGGAGUAACGCAAGGAUGUGUGCUCUCGCCGACUCUUUUCAAUAUAUACUCAUGAGGAGGAGAGAGGAGAUUUUUACUGAAGCCCUCACAAACCUAGAGAUGGGAAUCCGAGUGAACGGUGAAUACAUCAAUAAUAUCCACUACGCCGAUGACAGUGUGUUACUAGCAACCAGCCUAAACGAUCUGCAGGCCUUACUAGACCGAGUGCGAACUGUGAGCGUAACAUACGGACUGAACCUUAAUAUUAAGAGAACUAAAUUCACGGUUGUCAGCCAUACAAAUUUAGAUCCCGGGGCACUAAUGGCAGGUAGCGAAGAGAUCCAGAGAGUCGACAGAUUCACUUACCUCGGAACUACCCUCAACUCACAAUGGGACUACGCUCAAGAGAUUAGAUCCAGAAUUGAAAUGGCACGGUCUACAUUUAUUAAGUUGAGAUCCUUGCUGUGCUGCAGUGAUCUCAGUUUGGGAACCAAGAUGCAGAUAGUGAGGUGCUACGUUCUUCCAGUGUUACUAUAUGGAGUUGAUGCCUGGACACUGACGCAAGCCACUGAAAAACGAAUCGAAGCCUUCGAGAUGUGGCUAUACAGAAGAAUACUAAAAAUAUCUUAUGUGGACCAUGUCACCAACGUUGAGGUCCUACAGCGCAUGACAAAAGAAAAAGAAGUGCUUAAUUUAAUUAAACAACGUAAGCUUGAGUACCUCGGCCACGUGAUCCGGAACGAAGAAAAAUAUCGAAUUCUUCAACUCGUUAUGCAGGGUAAAGUAUUUAACAGAAGAGGACCGGGAACUCGUCGUAUCUCGUGGUUGAAAAAUCUCCGACAAUGGUUUGGUAUGACCUCAGCGGAGCUGUUUCGCAGAGCAGUCAACAAAACCAUGAUAGCCUUGAUGAUCGCCAACAUCCGGACCGGAUAAGGCACUGAAGAAGAAGAAUUAUGUGCUUUCUGUGGUUUUCCAGGUUUGACUGCGCGUGAUAAAAACUAUUUUAAAGACAUUACGGCAAGGUCGCACUUGACAUUGUCGUCAGUUAGUAGCGCUGCUUGAAGUUAACUGAUUCUUUGGUCGAUGCGUUUACUUUGAAUAGCCGCGAGGCUUCUUGUGAUUGCUCUUGUACGUGUGUAUUGGACCAUCUUGUGGUCUGAUGGAUUUUUGAUUUUUUCUUUAAUACCGUUUUGCAUGUGGUUGAAAGCCUUUGAGCAUCAUCUCUUUGGUUUAGAUUGUUGCGAUUUUUUCCAUUUCUAUUGAUUCUAUGAUUUCGCGAUUUUUUUCUAUUUUCAAUGUUAGAUAGCAUCGUAGUUUGGUUCAGGUUUAUUGUAUGUCCUGUAUAUAUAUAUAUAUAUAUAUAUAUAUAUAUAUAUAUAUAUAUAUAUAUAUAUAUAUAUAUAUAUUUAGCUAGAACAUUUUUUAAGUAUUUAUAAUAUGUAAAUUGUAGGAAACGUUUAAAAAAUGUAUUUUUAUAUUUUUUAUUACUCUACUUUUAAUUCAUCUCGAUCAUGUUAUGUGAAUAAUGGCUUAUCUUCUUGGGUUUUAAUAGAGUCUUUAAUAUCUAUUUUUAUAUCUAAUACUGUAAGUGUAUCUUCUUCCUCUAGUUUGUCCCGAUUAAUUUAAAACUUAAAAAUUAAACUACUCUUUUGCUUAUCGCAUAGGUUCAUCAAACCCUAGCCUGAUUCAUUAUGUUAUUCCGUUAAACUAAUUCCUUGUCCAAAUAAAUAGGCUGACGUAAUUGAUCAUCAUAUCCUCAUACUUGUUAAUGUCAUACUCACAUUGCCCCUUCCCCUUAUUUAAAAUAUCGUGCCUGUAAAAUGUGUGAUGUAGUUGUUAGCUCUUAUAAAAAUCGCAGAAAGAUUUAAAAUUGCCUUUCCAACUAACUAAUAAAAGAUAUAUAGUAUUCAUAUCAUUUAAAAGUGUCUCCCAAAUUUAUAAAUAUUGAAUAUUUCAUGAUUUAUAGAUAGGUACUAGAUUUAUAUGUACUCUAAAUUGGAUAUCUUUAAAAAACUACUAAAAAUGUUCUACCUAAAUACAUGUAUAUUUUAGUUACUAUGCACCUUAUUUAAUAUUAUUAAUCUACUUUUAGUGUGUGCUUUGUAUUAGUAGUAAAAGUGUAAACUUUAUGUGAAAUAUAAUUUUAAAGGUGUUUAAAAAGAAAAAUUUUUUUAUUAACGAAUAAAUUUUUGGAUAGCUCCAUCUUCAGUUACUGAAAAAAGUUGCACGAGUCACCACAAAAACCAGAACAUGAUUAUUUACAUAAAUGUUUAAUAAUUCCUUCAAACCACUAAAGGAAACUGAAACGCGCUCUUAAAAUUAAAAUAUCUUUGAUCGGGGAAACCAUAAUAUGACUCCCAAUGUAAGAAAUUUUUGACCAUCUCUCAGUUGGUCCAUUUUUUUUUUCAAGUAUGUUUAAAACCAUUAAUUUUUUUCUACAUUUCACAGUCUACAUUUAAACCUUUUGCAUUUUUUGCUUAUCUUUUAAGAACCGAAGGUAGGGUAAUAUACACAUUCGUUAAUACAUAAAAGUUUUCGCUAAUUUUAUUAGCCUUUAAAUUAUACCUUUUAUUUAAACUUCACACUUUUAUUGUAAAUUGAUGAUACUAAUUACGGCUGCCAAUUAUAUUUCUAGAGAUUCGUUUAGUUUUACUUUUGGUUGUAUUAAUAUAUUAUUCUUAUAAUUAUAAUUGAUUACAUAUU